GUUUUGUUGAGAGAGAGAGAGAGCUCUUUGAAGCAGAUAGAUGAAACGAUGCAAAGGAAAGAAGCCGGCCGGAAGGAGAACGACGGAGAGAGAGACGAAAGAAACGUACUCACGGCGGAGAGACUCAGCAAAGAAGAAAACACUCUCCCUUCAACCAGGAUACAAACAAAAAAGUUACUCUGCCAAGAGAAAUUCGCAGUGUUCGACAGCUUGAACUUGAUCCAUCUUACAUUGGUUCUUAUUGCAAUAGUAUGCUGCUGGAUGAUGUGCCUUCCCGUGUUACACGAGGAUAUGGCUCCAUCGUUGCGAGGGAGUGGUACACAGAGCUCCCAGAGGCCGUUCGUGAUUGGGUUGACCAGGCAGGGUUCGGACCCUUUUGCACAGGGAUAUCUCGCUAUCCUGCUAGCAAGACAUUGAUGGGGGCUCUUGUAGAGAGAUGGUGGGACACCACCAACUCCUUCCAUUUCUUAGCCACCGGGGACAUGACUAUGACCCCGUUCGAUUUUGCCAUACUGACAAGCCUUGACAUGGGAGGCUGGCCGAUCCAUUAUGAUGAGGAUAUGGGCGAGUGGGAGGCCGCCUGGAUAUAUCUGUUGGGAGCUCGCCCACCGGUGGACAGAUCCUCAGGCAGGGUCUGGUACACCUGGUUUUCUACACAUUUCAGAGAGAUGGUGCCCGAGACUCCCAAGGAGGUAGAGCAGUAUACUCGAGGGUUUUUUAUGUUCCUCUUCGGGACCACUCUGUUCUCCAAUAGGGGGAACACUGUCGGGCUUUAUCUGCUGAGUGCUCUGGUAGACCUCUCACGGGUCAGCCAGUAUGAUUGGGGUGGCGCCGACUUAGCUACCCUUUAUUGCUACAUGAGCACGACCUCCCACAGACGGGGGAACAUACUAUGGGUUUUCGCAUACUUUCCCACACUAGCCCCGGAGCUUGAGGUGGAGGUGCCUCUUAUGAUCCCUUACUCGCUCGUGUUUGAGGGCCAGUAUCCACCGAGAGCUCGGGAGACUCUGCCCUACCUGCGGUAG